AGGUGCGAGGGGGCGCUGCACUCUCCCACUCGAUAGCCUUCUGAGGGAGCGUCUAGCCUCGCCUCUUCCUGCCUCCGCUUCCUUCUGCCUCAUCUCUUCCUUUUCCGUUCGGCCAUUGGCGUUGGAGGCAGAGCGGCGGACAUGUCGUCCCACAAGACAUUCAAGAUCAAGCGCUUCCUGGCUAAGAAGCAGAAGCAGAAUCGACCGAUUCCCCAAUGGAUCCGGAUGAAAACCGGCAAUAAGAUCAGGUACAACUCCAAACGCAGGCACUGGAGGAGGACCAAGCUGGGCCUGUGAGGAGCCCCCAAGCCCCAGGAAUGGCCCCUUCCGACCAAUCUGCCGCCACUCUUGUUUUUCAGGACUGAACGCCGUCAACAUAUUGUGCAGUUUUCCUUUCUCUCCUGAAUUUUUUUAUUUUUUCCCCCAAGAAUUAAAACCGAAUAAUGGGGA